AUGGGACCCCGCGCUCCCCUCCUCCUCCUGCUCCUCCUGUGGUGGUCGGGGCCCCUGGGAGGACAGCAGCAGCACCUGGUGGAGUACAUGGAACGCCGGCUGGUCGCCCUCGAGGAACGGCUGGCCCAGUGCCAGGACCAGAGCAGCCGGCAUGCGGCCGAGCUGCGGGACUUCAAGAACAAGAUGCUGCCGCUGCUCGAGGUGGCCGAGAAGGAGCGGGAGGCGCUGCGGACCGAGGCGGACACCAUGGCGGGGAGGGUGGACCGCCUGGAGCGGGAGGUGGACUACCUGGAGACCCAGAACCCGGCUCUGCCCUGUGAGGAGGUGAACGAGGGGGAGCCCGGAGGCUCGGGGGCCAAAGGCAAGGGCAGAAGAAACGAGAAGUACGACAUGGUGACAGACUGCGGCUACACCAUCUCGCAGGUGCGGUCCAUGAAGAUCCUGAAGCGCUUCGGGGGCACCGCCGGCCUCUGGACCAAGGACCCGCUGGGCCCCGCGGAGAGGAUCUACGUGCUGGACGGGACCCAGAACGACACGGCCUUCGUGUUCCCGCGGCUGCGGGACUUCACCCUGGCCAUGGCCGCCCGGAAGGCUUCCCGCGUCCGCGUCCCCUUCCCCUGGGUGGGCACGGGCCAGCUGGUGUACGGCGGCUUCCUCUACUACGCCCGGCGGCCGCCCGGGGGGCCCGGCGGGGGCCGGGAGCCGGAGGACACCCUGCAGCUCAUCAAGUUCCACCUGGCCAACCGCACGGUGGUGGACAGCUCCGUGUUCCCCGCCGAGGGCCUCAUCCCCCCCUACGGGCUCACGGCCGACACCCUCAUCGACCUGGCGGCCGACGAGGAGGGCCUGUGGGCCGUCUACGCCACCCGCGAGGACGACAGGCACCUGUGUCUGGCCAAGCUGGACCCCCAGACGCUGGACACGGAGCAGCAGUGGGACACGCCGUGCCCCAGGGCGAACGCCGAGGCCGCCUUCGUCAUCUGCGGGACCCUGCACGUUGUGUACAACACCCGCCCCGCCAGCCGGGCCCGCAUCCAGUGCUCCUUCGACGCCAGCGGCACCCUGAGCCCCGAGCGGGCCCCGCUCCCUUACUUCCCCCGCCGCUACGGGGCCCACGCCAGCCUCCGCUACAACCCCCGGGAGCGCCAGCUCUACGCCUGGGACGACGGCUACCAGCUGGUCUACAAGCUGGAGAUGAGGAAGAAGGAGGAGGAGGUCUGA